GCGCCUCUCUCCUCUCAAUCCGCACAUCCUUCUCUUUCUCUCUUCAUCUCUAUUCACCAAUUAUCAGAAUCUUUCAACCAGAAAAAGCGAAGUUUAUAGCUAUAUACAUACAUAGAGAAGGGGAGAGAGAGAGAGAUGGGAUUGCAAAACCAGCUAAACGACGUCGCUUCUGAUUCGAUUCCUCUGCUUUUCUUGGCUCUCGUCGCCGAUUGCCUCCACCAGCUCCGCUCCUUCCUUAUCACCCUCUUUCAAUCGCUCGGACUUUCCAGAUUCGACCCAAACCCAGUCGUUGUUGAUGAUGGAUUUUUCGCCGCCGUCGGAUCGGGCCUUGCCAGCUUAAUCGUCCUUUCCGAGCAGCUCAAUCUUAAUCGCCGUGUAUCUUACAGAUACUCCAUCGUAGGUGGCGGCGAUGAUGGUCCUGCCGGCGUUAUUGGAUCUCCCAAGUGUGUGGUGUGCCAGAGCUCGUUUGAAGAUGGGGACCAAGUUCGACGGCUUCCGUGCCGUCAUGUUUUUCACCGAUGCUGCUUUGAUGGCUGGCUGGACCACCUCAAUUUUAACUGCCCUCUCUGUCGGACACCGCUGGUGUCCGACGAGCGCGUGACCCUUGCUGAGCGGCGCGUUGGUCCGGAGCUUGUUUCCUGGUUCUCUUGCCGAUGAAGCGACGUCGUUGUGUUGCAUGAUUGGGGACGGCGACGGUAGCUGCGAAUUUUACCUUCCUUUUUUUUCAUCUGCGGUUGUUUUAUCAGAAUAUUAGGGCAGUUUUGUCUUUUUCCUUCUUAGAAUUUAAUUAUGUUUAUUAGGUUUUUAUUUUUUUUCCCGUAUUUAUGGUUUUUUUUUUUUUAAGAACCCUGGCGGUGAUAUCACAGGGUUUUUUGCCGUGAGCUGCUGUAAAUUAUAGGCCUUAUGUUAGUAAGUGACGAAAUUAUGAA